AUGUUGUUGAGGGUAUUCUCCCAGAAGCGCGUUGGCGUUGCGCUCGCGCUGUUGGUCCUAAUCUCAAUCGCCCUCUCUUCGCUGUACCUCCACCCCGCCUCCUAUUCCUACAUCUCCGACCAAACCUCAAAUUGGCGACCUCACAGCCCCCCCGCAACACUUGCUCCGACAAAGCAGGAUCCGCCAGCCCCCGACGCGACCGAGCCAACGCCUGUAUCGACGUCGCCAGUUGCUGACGUCGACGGCGCAGCGAACUCGAACCCCGACGACGCCCAAUCCCCCAGUUUCCCGCCCGAUUAUAGCCUCGUCAUUCCUCAACCAUCGUUCUGCGAGACACGAUUCUCCGAACAAUACCUGCUCGAGCUUCACCGGCACAAAACCUUUCAGGGGGCUACCAAAAAAUUUCACCUCGAUUGUCCGCUGCGUACCCUCGCAAAGGAGGAAACCGAUGCGGGAUUGAUACCUUUCAACAAGAUCAGGGGAUACUGGUACGAGACGGGGCCGGCGCAGAUCCUCUCUCGUGCCGUUGACCUCAACAAAUAUGUGCCUCCGCCAGUCAAAGACGACGGAAAGGCCACCGCUAAACGACAAGACGAUGCGCCUCCACCAGACGACGCAGUGGCUGAAGAAGCUUCUCCGAGUGUCACACCACAGUCCGGCAGCACGCCAUCGGCAUUGGCAUACCCAAAAAGACCGCCGCCCAAAAACUUCCUGCUCCUCAAGCGAGAGGGCGAGACGAAUCCUUGGCACUGCCUGAUGGAGAUCUACUCUUCGUACAUGGCAAUGGAUGUGCUCCGAAUGUCGCGCGAUCAAGACAACAAACCCUUUUUUCGGGCGCCCGAGGACGUCAACGACACCCAGGUUGUGAUUCUCGACGCGCGCGAGGAUGGUCCCGUACUUCGACCUAUGGACCCUCUUUGCCGCCAACCGCAGGCCACUCCGCAUGAAGGAACUCCUAGCCGACCCUGCCGCCGUGGACGCCGCCCGAGACGCCAACAUCAUUAUCCCUUCUCGCAGGUGGCAGCAAUCUGCUGUGGCAAGACGACGCCGACGUCCAGGAGGUCAAGGACGGGAGGACACCUGGAGAAGCGCGACAACUGGCACACCCAGGACAUUGUCAUUGAAGAGGCUCGGUUUGUCGAUGUUGUAGAAGCCGCCGUUCGUUCCAUGUAUUCUAAGGGAACUUGGAACUACGAUGUGAACGUGCAUUCGGGGUAG